AGGAGUAGCAGAGCAAGCCGUGCAGCGCAGGAGUAGUUCGUUCUCGCUCCUGCUACCAACUCUGCUGGUGCUUUCACGGCUUCUCCUUAUCUUCGUUCACCCGUGUAGCGCGUCUUGAGCCGCCUAGGCUCACCUUUGGACUCGGAAACAGCCUGAUACCAAUCUCUCCUCUCCCCGGUUAUACCGAAGGUUUCUCACAUCAGAAUCUAUUUUUGAGGCGCCUCAAAAAUGGAAACCGUUUGAAACCCGCGGAAAUCGACGGAAUUUCCUCUCUCCGUUCAGAUUGAAGGUUCCUCACAACUGAAUCUCAGCAUCGCUUUUGCCUCUUGGGAACAUAAACGCGUUAGAGGCCUUCCCGAUAAGUGUUAUUACGGCGGCCCUCGCAUUAGUAUCUCGGACUAGUAGUAGCAGCGGGAAAACCGCCGUUCCCGGCGGGAGUGCCGCUCUUUCGACGGAAGUCCUCCUUUCAGAGAAGGCGCCGGUUGAAGCGCAUUCACGUCGCGCAGCGAAAUUACUUCCGGCGUUUUCAACAGGCGAAACGAGGCAGGCUGUAACGGGGAUAAGAGCAUCAGGAACCCGCGUUAUGAGUCAGUCUCGGCGGCAGGCCGCGGUGCUGGGAGUAGUUGUGCUUCUCGCAUUAGCGGGUCGGCUUACAGCGGGGACGACCCCGGCGCGCGGGGGAAAAGCUGCUGCUGCAGCGGCGGCGGGAUCUUCGAAAGUGAUUGUAACGGUGCUUCCCAACAACAAACUCAAAGCGAAAUGCCUCGACGGAAGCCCCCCCGGGUACUACUUCCGCCGUGGCUUCGGCAGUGGCCUGUCGUCGUGGCAGAUACACCUGCCCCCCGGCGGCUGGUGCACCAGCCUCGCAGCCUGUGUCGGCCGCAGUGGCAAACUUCUGGGGUCUUCCAAGCCUGAAGCGCAGAAGCAGAGCCCAUACAGCAAUGUAAGCAACGGGUACAUGGGGAUCUUGAGCACCGGCCCGUACAUCAACCGCGGCUUCCGCAACUGGAACCUCGUCAUCCCCAUGUACUGCGACGGGGGGGGCUUUUCCGGCACGGCUGGCUGGACCAGAGUGAAUGGGACCCACGGCAUCUACCUGGAUGGGUGGAACAUUAUUAAUACCGUGCUGCAGCAUGUGAAGAAUGCGCGGGGACUGGCUUCUGCCACUCGGGUGCUGCUGUCAGGUGAAUCGGCAGGAGCGCAGGCAGUGGUGUCGCUGUGUGAGCGCAUGAGGGGCUAUGCGCCCAACGCCAAGACCAUCAAAUGCCUCAUGGACGCCGGCUUCUUCAUAGACUCCAACGAUCGCUUUGGGACGCCUUACUUUCAGACAGUAGCCAAUAGCAUGGUCUCCCUGCACAAGUUUGUUGGCAACAGUAAAUGCGCUCAAGCCUACCCUCCCAAGGAGCAGUGGCGGUGCUUCUUCCCGCAAUACGCCCUGCCCUUCGUCCCAAGCACCAUCCCCUUCUUUAUAAUCAACUCCAUUUUCGACUUCCGUGCUCUUAUGCUCGGCAACCAACUAUCCGUCGCCGACCAAACCUACGCCGUCCACUGCAUUACUGAAAUGCUCCAGCUGCUCCCGAGCCUCACGGUCCAAUCGCUGAUCGCCAGCUCCACAAGGCAAUUGGUGAUGUUCCUGGCAGGGCGGCGGCCGGGUAGGGAGUGUACAGCAACGGAGCAGUUAGCAGUGUUGCAGGCUGGUCAGAAGAUAGCGACGUUUGUGCAGAGUGCGCAGAAGAGAGGGAGGAAAAGUGGGGCUUUCUUGGUGGUUGGUAUGGCUCACUGCGUGGUGGGGAAUCCUUAUUGGAACCAGGUUAAAGCGAAUAGGGUCACCUUGGCGGAUGCGGUUAACAGGUGGUAUUUUUUAAGUUAGAUGACUGGGGCUGUAGGAAUUACCAUCUCAUGCCUGCCUUGAAUACUCAUAGGUACAUGUUUUACUGCCUUUUAAAGUUUGUAAUACAAAUAUUAUCAGGGGUGGUGUGGGAAGCAUCCUAUAGCAUUUUGUAUAAAUGUGGAAGUGUUUU